CACUGUACUACUUUAAAAGGUACUGACUUCAACGGAGUAUCGUUCAUUAGUAAAUUUUUAUUCAGUCCAUAUUGCUACCAGUUUCAAAAAGUAUCCAGUGGUGUUACGCUUGAGUUAGUCACAACUUUAGUGGUCCCUUAAUCAAUCAUCUACAAGAUGGUUAUUCACGAUGUGCAUCGAAUUCGCUACCAACCCAUCAUGGGGAAGGGAAAGGAACAAGCAACUAUGGAGAACCCUAUGCAGGAGUUCAGUAGCAGUACCAAAAUUGCUUCUGUUGUAAUUGGCGAGUUCAACGAGAAAGAUGACCUGUAUAAUCCUUUCGAGCACCGUGACAAGAAAAAUUCCAAUUCAGAUGUCGGUGCAUUGGCCCAUUUGCUUAAGUCGUCGCUGGGCACAGGAAUUCUCGCCAUGCCGAGCGCGAUUAAACACGGCGGCCUUUUGUUCGGCGGUAUCGGCACAAUAAUAAUCGGCAUCAUAUGCGCCCAUUGUGUCCACAUUCUGGUCCGUUCGUCCCACGUGCUCUGCAAAAGGACGAAAACGCCGCAAAUGACGUACGCGGAGACUGCGGAAGCCGCGUUUCUCUACGGUCCGAAACCAGUUAGACCGUUCGCGAACGCCAGUCGAAUAUUUGUAAACGCCGCAUUGUGCGCUACCUAUGUGGGUGGCGCGUGCGUUUACGUGGUCUUCAUCGCGAGCUCGAUCCAGCAGGUGGCGAAUUUUAACAGCGGUUACGAAAUCUCACCUCGGAUGUACAUACUCACGUUGAUACCAGCGUUGGUGUUGCUGGGCCAGAUACGAAACCUGAAAUACAUGGUGCCUAUUUCUAUGGUCGCGAAUAUCUGCAUGAUGGGCGGGUUCGCGAUAACCCUGUACUACAUCUUCAGAGAUAUUCAACUGACGGCGAACACGAAAUUGAUCGGGUCGGUCACGCAGCUGCCCACGUUUUUCGCGACGGUGAUAUUUGCGAUCGAAGGUAUCGGCGUUGUGAUGCCCGUAGAAAACAGUAUGAGGAAUCCCGACCACUUCCUCGGAUGUCCUAGUGUUCUUAACAUAACGAUGUCAAUAGUGGUCAGCCUCUACGCUGUAUUGGGCAUAUUCGGUUACCUGACGUACGGUGAACAAGUAUUAGGAAGCAUUACACUCAGUAUACCAACAGAAGAAAUUUUAGGACAAGUAGUGAAGAUACUUAUCGCUCUGGCUGUUCUGUUCACCUAUGGUCUCCAGUAUUUCGUUCCAAUGGAGAUCAUGUGGACGUCGAUAAAGGACAAAUGCAGUCACAAGUACCACGGCAUAUGUGAAACGUUAAUGAGGAUCUUCAUGGUUCUUUUCACAGUUGUCGUGGCAUUGAUAGUACCGGAUCUGGAACCGUUCAUUUCGUUGGUCGGCUCGGUGUUCUUCUCAGUGCUUGGUAUCAGCAUUCCAGCGAUCGUGGAAACAAUUUCGUGCUGGGAGACCCACCUGGGCAUGUACAACUGGAGGCUCUGGAAGAACUCUAUGCUUCUGGUGUUCUCGAUGUUCGCGUUAGUAUUCGGCUCAUGGAUCUCCAUAGGGAAGAUAAUAGAUCUUUACAAGUGACAUUCGAAAUUUUCUUGUUAUCGCGUGGGAAAGACUCGCGUGCAUGGUUUCCGUCAGCAAGAAGAUCGUUGGGGCCAAGGAUUCGUCGAACGAUCAUUACAAUUGUAAUCAGUACGGUAAAACGUGACACGUGUUCGCGAUCAUCGUAAAUUGGGCACGAAUCAUUUAUCUUGGAAACCGUUUUCAUGUACAUUCUGUAUUUAUUUUGACUAAUUAAGCGUUUCUCUUAAGGUAGCAUUAGCGUAGAUCAUAGUUAGCUCAUUUACGAUUUAAUUAGCAUACCUCUUGCAUCGCUCAGUAUUCUGUUCACGUGCAGCUUCGCGGUGACAACUGAGAGAAAGUGACAACGUUUAGGCGAAUAGGAGGUACGGUAAAUAUUUAUUGUAUAUUAUAUGAAUUUGUUAUGUUGAUAUGAUAUAAGAAACCUUGUAAAAGAGAAAGCAAAAUUUGCUUGAUGGUGUACAUAAGUAUAUUCGACGCGUCCAAGGUCGAGACAGAAAAAAAUGAUACAUAAGAAUGAUUUAACUAUUUAUUUAAGUACUCUUUGUAAAAUAGAAAGAAGAGAAAAUACUGUUGUCUGACUGUAAAUGUGUCAGCCCUCGAGAAUACAGGGUUUAGUUUCUUAUCUUAAAUAUAAGCGAACGGAACGUGUAGUGCCGUUGUGUAAAAUAUCGUUUCUAUGAACUGUUCUAUCGCGUCAUUGAAUAAAAACUUCAGAAACUUUCUAAUUUAACUUGCAGAGAAUUGAAACUUUGGUUGUUGCGACAUUCUUGUAUCACGUUUAUUUAUGAAUGUGUAAUGUAUAAGAGAAAUGUGUGGUUUGCGUUUAACACUAACGCUACCGAGCAGUUAAAUUGAUUUUUUGAAAUUCCUCUAUAUAAACCCCAACGGUGCAUCUAUUGAAACUUUAUUUAAUUUAUAAUUCAAUUCUCGCAUUGCUAAAUCAAUUUCUUUAACAAUUCCUCAGAGAAACAUCUGUUAUCUUCUUAAUAAUUGCAAAAAAGAGGAAAUCAAGAAUUUGUUAUUUUGAUCCGCUUGGUAGCUUUAGUGUUAAUGUCAAUGAAUUUUAUGAGAAACGGUGGGUUAUUUGUUGAUAUACGUGACAUAAGGAUUCUAAAGAGUAAAUAUAUAAUCAAGGAAUUAUUAUGAUAGUUUAUACGCUCUUUGUGAUUUUCACUUGUGUCUUCCGUUCUACAAAGCAGGGUGCACGCGUUGAAAUCUCUCAAACGCGUGUACUGCUCGUCGCGGUGGCCUGCGCUCGGCAUUGUACGAUUGUAAGUUCGACGAUAUUAAUAUCGCCUCGACCAUAGAAUGCGUCGGCUCCGAUUUCUGCUGCGUCCAAUUAUGUAAAAAUAAACCGACGAGAACCAUGUAAACUCCGACGAUUAAAGGGACGAGCUGGAGAAACCAAGUGACAUUUACCAGCCGCAGUAUCUGAUACGGGAACGCUGCAUCCUUUAACGUUGCUGUGCUUCCCUGUGGAGUGUUUGUUAUGUGAGUAUUUUCAUACCGUUUUGGAAUGAUACAUUAAGGACUUACACUUUGAUACGCGAUUUUAUAUGACCUGUGCUGCGAUACGACGAAACGUUACGUUUAUAGAAUUGUGACGCACAUUUUGAUAAAUGAAAGACGUGGUGAAAUGCGACCAGAUUAUUGUUAGAAAAGAAUGAGGAAAAUAAAAUAUUUUUGGACAUUCGAGUUUACUUCUAAUUU